AUGAAGCCAGAUCAGUUUGACGUUGGUCCGCCAUCACCUGGCUCUGAAAAGCGCAACCUGGGCCCGCAGGCUUCAGAUCCCAUACAGAAGUUAGAGUCCGUGGAGGAACAAGAUCCCUUUGGAGAUGAAAGCCAGGCUGGUGUAAAGUACAAGACUAUGGCGUGGUGGCAAGCCGGCAUGAUCAUGAUCGCAGAGACUAUCUCAUUGGGGAUCCUCGCGCUGCCCAAGGCGCUUGCGGUGCUAGGUCUUGUUCCCGGCAUCCUGGCCAUUCUCGGAGUUGGGGUCAUCUCGACGUAUACUGCAUAUACUAUUGGGCAAUUCAAAUGUCGCCAUGUGCAAGUUCACAGCAUGGCCGAUGCUGGUGAUCUUCUGCUGGGGCGGAUUGGACGGAGUACAUUAGAUGUGGCUCAGCUUGUCUUUUUUGUGCUGGUUAUGGGUAGCCAUGUUCUCACUUUUUCAAUCAUGAUGAAUGUCCUCACAGACCAUGCCUCCUGCACCGUCGUUUUUUCGGUUGUCGGGUUACUUGCCUCGUUCAUGUUGACAUUACCACGGCGGCUUGAGAAGCUUUCUCACAUCUCCUCUGUGAGCUUUGUCAGUAUUGUUGGAGCGGUACUCACUGGUAUGAUUGGUGUCACCCUUGCUAAGCAGGGGCCAGUGUAUGUCCCAGCAUUUUCAUCCCCGCCCAAAGUACAUGAUGCGUGUCUUGCUAUUGCAAAUGUCAUAUUUGCAUACGCAGGCCAUGUUGCCUUCUUCACCCUCUUCUCUGAACUCAGGGAACUCAAAGACUUCCCGAAGGCUCUAGCGCUUCUGCAAAUGAGUGAAAUGGUUUUGUAUACGGUGGCGGCUAUUGUGAUAUAUGCAUAUGUUGGACCAACUGUCAACUCGCCUGCUCUCAAUUCCGCGGGGACAUUGUUCCGCAAGAUUUCCUAUGCCAUUGCAACACCCACAGUAGGUACCCUUCCCCGUGAGUUCUUCUUCUCUUCAGAGCAUGGGCUGAGCACUGAAUAG